CCGAAAAAGUGGUUCGCCACUCACACCAGCACAUCGAUAGAAAUGUCGGCUGCCGAUUUCGACUCACUUGAUUUCAUCAUUUUCCAGCCAGAUUCGAGCAGAAGCAAGGAGCCAUUUGCUGCUGGCGAGAUUGAAGGGCAGCCAUGCCUAGACUGCUGUAACUGUCGAGGACUCUCUUCUCAUCCAUGGAGAAAGAGCUGUAUUUUCUGCAAAUGUCCAUUAGAGUGCCAUGACAUUCCUCUAAAUACAAGCUAUAACAAUUUGCCAGAAGACCGUAUGGGGGUUGAAGAGAAACCACCAAAGUCAUCAUUGACAAAAGUGAAGGAAGCCAAUGCAGAAGGAUUUGUGUGGGUGCCUGCUGGCCUGACAAGUGGACAGAUAACAGAGUUCAUGUCUAAGCUGCCAGAAGAAAAGAUUCCAAAACUUGAGUCUAAGGGUGCUAGGUAUUGGUUGAAGCAGCGCGUUUACCAGAUGCCACUGCAAGAUUUCUCUACCAAGCACUGCCGCAAACUGGCACUGGAUCAAAAGAUGGCUAUGGAUGACAUGUGCAUGAAGAGAAUUGACAAAGCUGUGGGAGUUGGUGCAGUGAAAACAGGCCUGACCAUGCCAGCGUCAUGCAAUAAGUGCACUAUGCAAGUGAAUGUUGGUGAGAUGGCUGUGUUUGCCUUGCGCUCUGGACCAGACACCUGCUGGCAUGUGCAAUGUUUUGUGUGCUCAGAAGAUGGUGAGCUCCUAGUUGAUCUUAUCUACUGCUGGGAUGAAGAAAAGCAGAAGCUAUAUUGUCCAAGGCACUGGAGCGAGUCACUGAAGCCUCGUUGUGCAGGAUGUGAGGAGUUGAUCUAUGUAGGAGAGUAUUCCCAGGCCAUGGACCACAACUGGCAUCCAGGUCACCUUUGCUGUUACUUUUGUGAUGAGUCACUGUCAAACCAGAAAUUUGUUACAGUGGAUGGCCAGCCUUCUUGCAUCAACUGCUAUGACAAAAAAUUUGCCAAUACAUGUGAGAAUUGCAAGAAUGCCAUUGGUCCUGGCACUAAAGAUGUUGAUGUUCGUGGUAAACACUGGCACGAGGAGUGUUUUGUCUGUUCACAGCCGGAUUGUAAAAAGCCGUUGCUGAAUCAAGGCUUCACCUUCAAGGAUGACAACUUGAUAUGCCAUCCCUGCCGUGGAAUCACCCCAUCCAAAGUUUGUGAAGCAUGUGGUGGAGAUUUUGCUCCAGGGGAGAAGAAGGUUGGAUAUCAGAGCAAAACCUUCCAUGAGAAAUGUUUUGCAUGUGAUGAGUGCAAACAACCCAUUGGUACUCAGCAGUUUAUUAGAAGAGAGGACAAGCGCCUGUGUGGAAAGUGCUAUGAGACUGGUUAUGCCAGGAUCUGUGUCAGGUGUAAUGAGCUGAUCAAAACAGCUUCAGUAAAGCAUGAUGGCAAUGUGUACCACUCAGAAUGCUUCACUUGCACAAUGUGCUCGCAACCUUUGGCAGGGAAGCCAUUCACUAAGCAUGAAGGAAAUAAUGUUUGUGAAGAUUGCUACCGCAGUAAUUUUGCAAAGAGGUGUGCAGCUUGUGAGAAGCUGAUUGAAGGAAGUGUCAAGUUUGUAGCUUAUGGUGAGAAGUUCUAUCACCGCGAUUGCUUUGUUUGUUCCAAAUGUGGUAUGGCCUUGGCUGGAGAGAAAUUCCGUGUGGUAGAAGAAGACAAAAUAUGCAUCAAAUGUAGUUCUUAGAUUAGUUAACUGAAAACCAUUUGAUUCUGCGAAGCUGGCAGUAGUUGAAUAAAUAGGUAGAUAACUUAAGUGUAUUUGUUGUUAAUUUCUCUAAAGUCAGGAGUGAAUGUGCUGGGCACAUCUUAGUAAAGCCUUGCAAACUUUGCAUUCAAGUGAACAUUGUGGUCAGUUAGGGUGUAGUAUGUAUAAGGCUCAAUAACCAACCCUGUUUAUGAAAUGAGCACAUGACAGACCUAUUUUGGAGAGUGGGGCAGAAAUCAAGCUUAAGUUCGCAUUUAGUAAGCAUUGCUGGGUAUAAGCUCUACUAUCUCCGUUCAUAAUCUGUGUUAUUUCCAAGAAACUUUAGCUCUAAGAUAAUUUUUCACAGCUACUACCAACGAUUCAGAUUCAAUUUGUUAUUACUUAACAACAGACGAAACUAUAUCUCAAAGAAUUACUAUUUUAUAUUUUAAAAGAUCUUCUAUUUAAAUUUCAUUUUUAACAAAGCAUUUGGAAGGAAAACGUGGACACUUGGCCUGAUUUAUGUCUUACACAUACAAAAUGAUAGGGUUAUUUCUUAUCAGAUACAAUGAAUAUAUGAAGUUCAUGUAUUUUAAACUGCGGUAUUAGAUACGUAUGAUGCACGAUCCU